CAACCCUGUUUAAUGGGACAUCGGCAUAUAAACAACAAUGUUAAAAUACGUCAAGUAAUUUGCAACUAAUUAGCAUGUAUCUUAUCUAAUUGUCUUUUACUUGUGUGUCUUGUGUGUUGAGUCUUAUUUUUCAAUGAGUGGAAAAAUAUUUCGGUACGGGAAAUUUUUACGAACUUUUAUUCGGUGGAAAAUUGGAAAGCAGCGCCACGUAUAGUUUUAGGUUAAGUCAUUUAAGUGCAAAUCGGAAUUAAGUUUCGUCGCGAUUUGUCAAGUGCAUGGGACUUUUUUUUUCUCGCAUUCAUAUAAGAGAGUUGAAUGUGACAUUUUAAUUGUUAAUUAAUUUAAUCGUGUACAUUAAUCUGAAUAUUUUUGGUGAUUUGUCGAUAAUUAUUUUCCGAUAGUAUUCGAAUUAGGUAUGCGAAAAUGUGAUGCGAAACUUUGAAGAUGAAUUCUGAGGAUAUAUAUUUAAUUUGUCAUUUUUAACGUGAUGGGAUAAAUUUUUUCUUAUUAUCACAAUGUUAUUUGUACAUCUAUUGACUUGCUGCGAUUAAUUAAUCGUACAAUGGGAGCAAAUAUAUCACAAUUGGAAAGAGAUAUCGGAUCUGAUCAAUUUCCACCAAAUGAACACUACUUUGGUUUGGUCAAUUUUGGAAACACUUGUUACAGUAAUUCUGUACUACAAGCUCUAUACUUUUGUCGACCGUUUAGAGAAAAAGUAUUAGAAUACAAAGCUAGGAAUAAACGAACCAAAGAAACAUUGCUAACAUGUUUAGCCGAUCUUUUUUACAGUAUCGCAACUCAAAAGAAAAAAGUCGGUUCCAUAGCGCCUAAAAAAUUCAUUGCCAGAUUGAGAAAAGAAAAGGAGGAGUUCGAUAAUUAUAUGCAACAAGAUGCUCACGAAUUUCUCAAUUUUCUAAUAAAUCAUAUAAAUGAAAUUAUUUUAGCGGAAAGAAAUCAAAGUAAACCGGCCGGAGGUAAAAGUGGGCCCGAAGAUGCCGGAACACCACCGGAACCAACUUGGGUUCACGAGAUUUUUCAAGGGAUUUUAACAUCAGAAACUCGCUGCCUUAAUUGUGAGACUGUUUCUAGUAAGGAUGAGGAUUUUUUCGACCUUCAGGUCGACGUUGAUCAAAACACCUCAAUUACUCAUUGUCUGAAAUGCUUCUCAAACACUGAGACGCUUUGCAGCGAUAAUAAAUUCAAGUGCGAUAACUGUAGCAGUUACCAAGAAGCUCAGAAACGUAUGAGGGUUAAAAAGCUGCCUAUGAUUCUGGCUUUGCAUUUAAAGAGAUUCAAAUACGUCGAACAAUAUAAUAGACAUAUUAAAGUUUCUCAUCGAGUGGUAUUUCCAUUAGAACUUCGACUUUUCAACACAAGUGAUGAUGCUGUCAAUCCAGAUCGAUUAUAUGAUUUAGUAGCAGUUGUGAUACAUUGUGGAAGUGGUCCUAAUAGAGGACACUACAUUUCUAUAGUCAAAAGUUAUGGAUUUUGGCUUCUUUUCGAUGAUGAUAUGGUCGACAAAAUUGACGCCUCGACGAUUGAAGAUUUUUAUGGAUUAACGUCUGAUAUUCAAAAAAGUUCAGAGACCGGUUACAUUUUAUUUUACCAGUCGAGGGAUUGCAGUUGAGAAUUUAAGGAGAAAUAAAAUAAUGGAGGUAAAAUUUUUUUUAAUCCAAAAAAAAAGAAGUGUGAUGUGUAAGUAUUCGAUAAAUGAAAAACGAAGGAUUUUCAUUUACUUAUGAAAAAGAAAAUCUUGUACAUUCAAGAAAAUGAUGAAAAUCUGAAAUUCCUUCUCUCGUUACGAUAAAUAUACAUAAAUAUAAAUAUAUAUAUAAAACGAUCGGCCAUUAUCGAUACGAGAAAAAAUAGGUUCGAUUAUAAAAAGGCUUUAGGUCGAUUUUUCUAAUUAAUUGGAUUCUAUGAAUCUAAUAAAAGUUUUCUUUCUUUUUUUUGCUAAAGAGCAAUUUACAUAAUUUUAUUAUUAAUUAUUGAAUAAUCGUGUGUGUACAAUUAUUUUUUAUUUCGCACCAGAUGCCAAACAUUUUUAUGCAAGAAAACAAAAAAAAAAAACUGUAGAAGUCGAGCAAAUACAGUUCUAUUUAAUAAUCCAAUUUUAAAUAUUAUAUUCUCUAAUGUGCAUUUAGAUACUAUUCAUUUUACACAAAGUGUUUGCAAAGAAAAAGAUAAGAAAACAAAGAAAAAAAGAAGAAGAAGAAUAAGAAUUUUAAGUGACUGCAGAGAUUUUAGUAGUUAUAUAAAUGUUGUAUGUACAAAACGUAAUUGAUAAAACAACCUUUUUGUUUUGCGAUUGUUGAAUAUGUUGAGUUUUAAGAAUAAAAGUCAAACAAUUUUCUUGAA